CUUAACAAAGAUGUCCAAUCGUUUCCUCCUCAGGCUAUUCGCCAACUUUUCAGAAACGCCCGAACUUUCAUUCGGACAACGGGGUGCUCAGUUACUCGAUCCAGUUGCAGUAGGUGGAGCCUGGUGCAUGUAUGUAUAAGGGAUAGUGAGGUGUAGAGUAGUUAGUCACACCUAAGGAGAAAAAAACUUGGUUUUCUUCUCAAAAUAGUGGACUAGCAAUUAUCUUCCCCGUGGAUUCCCCAGGACCUUUCUCUCCCCCCCAGCUGCCAACAUGAUGAAGGAGUGCCUCCAGUUCCUCAUCGAGCCGGCGACAAAAAUCAAGACCCGCCUCAAGGAGUCUCGGAAGAAAGUGCCAAAUGAGAAGAAAGAAUCUUUAGUGGAGAGUCAGCUGUUCAUAAUGGAACUGGCCAGGGAACUCAACAAACUGUGCCAGAGGUCAAAGGUCCUAGCCCACAUCUGGACCAGUGAAGACAACUGGCCUCCCGGUGUGUGUAGACAAUUCAUAGUAGAGUGGGCUGCCGUGCUAGAGAAGAGAGCCCAGCAGCCAAGGAGCAUGCAGACGGAGCUGCAGGCUGAAUGGCCAGAGAAGAGGGACUGGAAUGGUCACCUGUUGUGUAUGAUGGAGACAGUGGGAGAGUAUGACAUCGGAAGCCACAAACGGGUCAUCAUGGACUGGACACACCAGCUAAGAAACAGACCAGAGCCCAGUAUCUGGCCCGGUGAGGCCGUAUUGAUGACGUUGGAUGAUCUGGAGUUCCAGUGGAGGAGGGGCCGUCUGCCGAACCUUCUCCCAGCCAUGGAUCUGGUCAUGUGGGUCGUGCUGAGUGCAGACAGCCCUGACAAGGAGGACGUAACCAAACAGUGGCUGAUCAGAAAACAGAGGAGUCAGAAGAUCGAUGCAGCCUGCUACAUUCCCCACAAUGUAUGGAACUGGAUCUGUGAUGCUGCAGAGGAAGUGACCCUUGACCCCAAGACAGCCAACCCUGACCUCCUCAUCUCUGAUGACGCCAAGCGCAUGCGCUGUGGCCUGGAGCAGCAAGACAUCCCUAAUUGCAUGCGCCGCUUCGACGGCUGGUGGUUGUGCGCUCUGGGAAACGAGGGCUACGUCUCCGGGCGCCAUUACUGGGAAGUCGAAGUGGGCGACCGGGACUGGCGGCUGGGCGUGGCUAAAGCCUCCGCCCGGAGGAAGGGUUACAGUGCCCUCAACACACAGACGGGCUACCUCACCCUGAGGCUGGAGAGGGGCUCGGACCUCAAGGCCCUGACGGUGCCCUCCACCCCACUGCCCCAGAUGCUGGUCCCCAGGAAGGUGGGGGUCUACCUGGACUAUGAGCAGGGCCAGCUCUCCUUCUACGAUGUGGAGAAGAGGUCCCACAUCUACACGUACAACGAGACCUUCACAGAGAGAAUGUUCCCCGUGUUUGGGACUGUAGAGGUGGUGAGGGAUCUGGUGAUCAGGCCGGCACAGACCAGGGAACCCUGCCUCUGCCCUGGACCCUGUCUCUGGUGAUAACGUAUUACAGUGUUCUUCAAACCUGGUCCUGGAGAGCUAGCUUGGAAUCCACACUGAAUAUUGUAAAUGUAGCAAUAUUCAGUGUAAAUUCCAGGCUAGUGGAGUGCAGGCUUUUGUUCUAGUCCAGCACUGUCACACCUGAUUCGAUGGUGUGAUGAUUAGUUGAUUGGUUCAUUCAGGUGUAUUAAAACUAGGCUGGAACAAAUGCAUGCACUCCUUAGGACCUGGGCUGAAGAACAAUCAUUACCCCCACCCUGUUACACUUUUUAUUACAGUGCCUUCAUGCCACAGUACUUCAGGGUACAAAGGAACUGUAAAAGAAAGUGCUGCCCAAAUUACCCAAAAGAUUGGACGUAGUUGAUAUGUAGUUCAGCAAGAGCUUGCACACAGAAGACAGACACAGAGAGAGAGACGGAGACAGACAGAAACCGACAGACAGACAGACAGACAGAAACCGACAGACAGACACAGACAGACAGGUCGUUGUGGGGAAAGACAGAGCAUGCAGUAGUUCAUUCUUCCUCUCGGAUUCUUUGAUUCUCUGACUCUCCGAUUCUCUGACUCCACUCUCCAGCUUGCCAGAGUCUCAUAACGUGUAUCAGUCUAUUUUUGGAAGUUGCGGUUGAUAUUGACAGUGUGUAUAAUGGUGUGAUAACAAUGCUUUUUUUUUUCAGUCAUCAAUAAAUUAAGAAAAAUCG